AUGGUUUCUUUCCAUCUGGAUAGUGAGGCUCUGCAAUGGUAUCAAUGGGAGGAAUGUGCUUCUUCUUUGUCCAAAUGGGAAGAUUUUACCAAGGCAUUUUGCAGAGAAUUUGGCUCUCAUGGGUUUGAGGAUUUUGUAGAGUCACUCUUUAAGCUUCGUCAAACAGGUCCCUUAAAGGAUUAUAUCGCUAAGUUUCGACGAUUGGCAACUCGAAUCCGUGAUCUUAGUCCUACUUUUCGAUUAAGCUGUUUCGUUGGAGGAUUAAAGGAAGAACUCAAGCAUGAUGUCAAGCUGCUUCAUCCUGCUACAGUUCAUGAGGCCAUGAAUUUUGCUCAUGAAGUGGAUGCUAAACUUCAAAAGUUGAGGAAGGAUAUGCCUGUCAAGAAAUUAACCCCAGAAGAAAUCCAAUAUAAACGGAAGAAUAAUCUUUGUUUUUAUUGUGAUGAAAAAUUUGUGAGGGGUCAUAAGUGUGCAAGGAAACAAAUCUUGUUGUUGGAUAUGGGUUAUAAUAGUUCUAAGGAAGAGGAAAUAGUUCAUGAAUUACAACAGAUUGAACAAGUGGCUGAGGUGAAUGCUUGUUGUAUCACAACUUGUGCUUUGUAUGGUACUCCGGCUCUUCUUGCUAUUAAGACUAUGAAACUCACCGCUAUCAUUAAAAACUGUCUUGUUGUGGUAUUGUUAGACUCUGGAAGUUCUCAUAAUUUCAUCGAUAUUGGCAUGGUUAAGAAGUUGGGUUGGAAGUUAGAUCAGUCUCAUAUUUGUGAUGUCAUGAUAGCUGAUGAUGGACAAAUGGACAAGUUGUUGCAUUCAAGUUGUUAUGGUGUGAUUCUCUGUGCCGUAGAAUGUGAAAAUAUGGCCAAACCCGUAGAUGAUUUAUCCUCACUACAACAGCAUGAAUUGCAAGCCUUAUUGGAUUCUUUUUCUGCUGUCUUUGGCACCCCAACUACACUACCUCCUAUGAGAGAACAUGAUCAUCGGAUCCCAAUAAUUUAUGGUUGUAAACCACCAAGCAUUAGACCAUAUGCUUAUGGACCACUUCAAAAGUCAGAAAUUGAAAAGUGUGUCAAGGAGCUGCCGGACUCUGGAUUUAUAAGGAACAGUCAUAGUCCUUUUUCUUCUCCUGUUUUGUUGGUCAAGAAGAAUGGAGAAUGUGCAUGGAUUACAGACAAUUAA